AUGGAGCUCACGACCGCCGCCACCACGCUCUCGGGGCGCUCGGGGCUCCUGUUCCUGCUGUUUCUCCUGCCGCUGCUGCGCGGGAUCGUGGCGGCGCCGGCCGCGUGGUUCGUGGGCGCGAGACGCCGCGGAGCAGGGACAGAUGCUCUCUUGCUUUCCUACAAUUUCUCCAUCACAUCUCAGGCCAGGCCUGGACAACCGUGGUGUGAGAUUCAAGGCCAGGUCAAUGGAAAUGAGUAUCUUUACUAUGCCUGUGGAAGCAAGCGGGUCAUACCCGUUGGUCCUUGGGGGAUGAAGCUGAAGGACACAGCAUUUUGGGACACACAGAUGGAACCUCUGGAAGACCUGGGGGAAGAGCUCAGAAAGAAACUGCUGGACAUCAAAGCUGAGAUUUUCACUAAGAGCGGUGAGUCCAGAGGUUCUCUCACCAUGCAGGGCUGGCUCAUGUGUGAGCGUGGGGCCCACGGACACAGCAGAGGAUCCUGGCGGUUUGUCUUCAAUGAGCAGUUAACCUACCUCUUUGACCCGGAGAACAGAAAGUGGAUAGAGAUUCCUCCUGGAGGCCAACAGGUUAAGGACAUGUUGGAAAGUGACAGAGAGCUGACCGAGCUCCUCAUGAAGAUCGCGAACGGAGACUGUAAGAGAUGGCUCCAGAAACUGCGGGAGCACAGCAACGAGAUGCAGGAGACCACAGGAGCACCGGCCACAGCCCCGCCUGUAGCUCUGGUCAAAGGCACAGCCAUCAGGCUGCUCACUUCCAUCCUCCAUGUGGUCGUCACGCACUCAAUACUCCUUGUUGUCCAAGGCAUGGUCCUUUGA